CGACUUUGCCGCGGCGACGUGGGGGUUUUAUCGCGGUAUCGCGGAACACAGCCCCUGCCAUUCCCAGUCACCCGCUCGGAGGCCGUGGGCGCCUUGACGAGGGCGCGGCGGCGGGAAUGCAGAACGUUAUCCUCAUCACCUGCGUCCACCACUGUCGCUCCUGACGGCGAGACGCGAGGUGCUAAGGGCUUGUCCAGGCUAAGCGGGUUCUCUUCGUCCUUAAGCCCACUUUGCAGAUGCUAAUUAGAGGGGACAGGCGGCCAAGAACCUGGAGCCCACCGGGGUGUCUGUGCCCAGUGCCGACCCUCUAAAUUCCCUUCCCACGUGGCUCCUGUCGCGUCUGGGCUGUGGAGGAUUCCUCUAAACAGGCACAGCCACCCUCUGGGUAAAGUACUUAUUGAUGUGAAUUGAACGUAAAGCUGCCAGCCUUUCCUGGCAGUUUGCUUUGAAGGGCUUGGAGAGGUGGGGGGCUGUGCCCUUGGGGCGGGCAGGGCGUUCAGUGGCCUGGCUGGCCCCACAACACCGAGGACGCACAGCCUGUGGUUCCAGGUCAGGCUGGAGGACUGUGUGGGGCUGGCUGUCCACCCACAGGCACCUGCAGGGGGUAGGUGGGACUGGGGGCUCAGCACCGAGCCCUGGUCUGCAGCCAGGCCGGGUGGACAGAGUUGAUGUGCAGGCUGUCCCAGGUGGGCACGGCUUGGACGUCCCAGGCAACACCUUCCCAGCUGGCGUCAGGCACCCUAUGCCCCACUGGGCCAGAAGGCCACAGUGAGCCUGGAGCUGUGACCUGAGGCCUGGGGAGGCCUUCCCUUCACAGGGCACAGCGCCUGCCCUGGGGCUGUGGCACCAACAUCGGUGGUGGCUUUGUGCUGUUUUCACCCUUAUUACCUAGCAGGAGCAAGCAGGGAAACCGGGUCACAGGAUAAGUCUUCCACCGUCAGGCAGGGUGAGUGGCUUUGAAAUGCAGGCCUCAUUGCUUAUUGGAAGUGGGAUCUUGGGUGGAUUUGUGAACCUCUCUGAGCCUUGGUUCUUCCCUCUGUAAAUUGGGGAACAGCCCCUUACCUCCUCUGGGGUGGUGGGGAUUUCAAAGCAGAUUCGCUAAUUACCAGUCCCAAGAGAAGACUCCUACUUCGUGGAGAAUAGCAAAGAUCAUCAUAGCCAAAUACCAGGAACUUCUGCCUGUGGGCGCCGCAUCCUGGGCUACUGUUUAGUCCUCCAUGCACUGGUGACCUACAUGUUCACAUACAAGUUACGCAAAGCAGGUUGAUUACUUACAGAUAGGAAGCAAGGGACAGAGCCAGUCCCCAGUGUCGGGAAGGCUGCCCAGGGCAGAUGGAUUGCUGACUGCACAUGCUUCUCUUUGCACCAGGGCUAAAGGGCCCUGCAAGCAGCCGCCCAGGUUAGAGCCCUCAGGGGCCACGUGACCCCCAGGGCAAAGCUUUGAAGGACACCCUGCUUCCAGGGAGAAAGAAGCAAAGCCCAGGCGGUUCCUCCCUAACUCAAGCUGUUACAGUCCCUGGGAGGGUCAAGGACAAGUUCCAGGCUGUUCUGGGCAGUCCCUCCCUAUCUCUGGAUGCCGCGUCCUCAGCACGUUCUACCAGCAAGCAAGAAAGCUGGGAGUGCUUGGUUGAUCCCAGGCCCCCUGGAGAACAUUCCUGCAGGGAUUAUCUGAGCUAUGCCACUCCCACAGAGGUCGGAUCCGCAGCUGCUUGCCCGGUUCUACUAUGCCGACGAGGAGCUGAACCAGGUGGCCGCGGAGCUGGACAGCCUGGAUGGGCGGAAGGACCCCCAGCGGUGCACGCUGCUGGUCAGCCAGUUCCGCUCCUGUCAGGACAAUGUGUUGAACAUCAUUAACCAGAUCAUGGAUGAGUGCAUCCCCCAGGACCGCGCCCCCAGAGAUUUCUGCGUCAAGUUCCCUGAGGAGAUCCGGCACGACAACCUGGCCGGCCAGCUGUGGUUCGGUGCCGAGUGCCUGGCCGCCGGCUCCAUCAUCAUGAACCGGGAGCUGGAGAGCAUGGCCAUGCGCCCGCUGGCCAAGGAGCUGACGCGCAGCCUGGAGGAUGUGCGGGGCGCCCUCCGUGACCAGGCGCUGCGGGACCUGAACACCUACACAGAGAAGAUGAGGGAAGCGCUGAGGCACUUCGACGUCCUGUUCGCGGAGUUUGAGCUCAGCUACGUCUCGGCCAUGGUGCCUGUGAAGUCCCCCAGGGAGUACUACGUGCAGCAGGAGGUCAUCGUGCUCUUCUGCGAGACGGUGGAGAGGGCCCUGGACUUCGGGUACCUGACUCAGGACAUGAUUGAUGACUACGAGCCGGCCCUCAUGUUCAGCAUCCCCAGGCUGGCCAUCGUGUGAAAUGGAAAAGGUGUUCUAAAAUUCAUAUGGAACUGCAAUGGGCCCUAAAUAGCCAAAACAAUAUUGAAAAACAAAAACAAAGUUGGAAGAUUCAUAUGUCCUGAUUUCAAAUCUUACUACAAGUCAAAACCUUAUGGUACUGGCAUAAAGAUAGAUGUAUAGACCAAUGGAAUAAAAUUGAGAGGCCAUAAAUAAACCCAAACAUCUAUGGUGAACUGGUUAUUGACAAGGGGGCCAAGAUCAUUCAAUAAGGAAAGAACAGUCUCUUCAGUGAAUGUUCCUGGAGCAACUGGAUAACCACAUGCAAAAGAACAAAGUUGGACCCUGCGAUGGUUAACUUCAUGUGUCAUCUUGGGUAGGCCACAUUACCCAGAUAUUUGGUAAAAUACCAGUCUGAAUGUUGCUGUGAAGGUAUUUUUUUUCUUUUUAUAAUGAUAAACUGGCAAUUUAUAAUUGUGCAGAUUUAUAGCAUGCAAAGUUGUGUUAUAAUCUAUGAAUGCAGUGUGGAAUAAUUAAAUCAAGCUGGUUAACAUAUCCAUCACCUCAAAUAUUUAACAUUUUUUGAAUGAGAUCAUUUUAAAUUUACUCUCUUACAAUUUGGAAAUGUACAGCACUCUAUUAUUAACUGUAUUCACCAUGAUAUGCAAAGAACUCAAAAAAAGAAAAAAAAUUAUUCUAGUCUGAGAUUUUAUACUCUUUGGCCAUUCCCCACACUCCCAGCCUCUAUAACCACUGUUGUGCUCUCUGAUUCUAUAAGUUCAAUUGUUUGAGAUUCCACAUGUAAGUGAGAACAUAUGGUAUUUGUCUUUCUGGGCCUUACUUAUUUCACUUAGCAUAAUGUUCUAAAACUCCAUCCAAUUUUUCACAAAUGUCAGAAUCUCUUUUGUUUUUAAGGCUGAAUAGUAUUCUAUUGUGUAUAUAUACCACAUUUUCUUUAUUCAUCUGUUAAACGCUUAGGUUGAUUUCAUAUCUUAGCUAUUGUGAAUAAUGCUGCAAUGAACAUGAGACUACAGACAUCCCUUCAACAAACUGAUUUCAGAUGUUUGGGGUAAAUACCCAGAAGUGGGAUUGCUGGAUCAUAUGGCAAUUAUAUUUGUAGUUUUUUUUGAGGAACCUCUAUACUGUUUUCCAUAAUGGCCGUACCAAUUUACAUUCCUACCAAUGGUGUGCAAGGGUUCCCUUUUCUCCACAUCCUUGGUAACACUUAUCUUUCAUCUUCUUGAUAAAAGAUAUUCAGACAAAUGAGAAAUGAUAUCACACUGUGGCUUUAGUUUGCUUUUCUCUAAUGACUAGUGAUGUUGGUCAUUUGUAUGUCUUCUUUUGAGAAAUGUUUUUAUCCCUGAAAUGCAAGGAUGGUUCAAUAUACACAAAUCGAUAAUUGUGAUACAUCACAUUAAUAGAAUAAAAAAACCAUAUGAUCAUCUCAUUAGAUGCAGAAAAAGCAUUUGAUAAAAUUCAACAUCAUUUUAUGAUGAAAAACUCAGCAAAUUAGAUGUAGAAGGAAUGUAUCCCUUCAAGGGUACCACUGAGUGAAAAUGUAAAACAAAAAAAAAAGAAAGAAUGUGCCUUAACGCAAUAAAGGCCAUAUUAACGAGAAGCCCACAGCUAACAUUAUACUCAAUGGUAAAAAAUUGAAAGCCUUUCCUGUAAGAUAUGGAACAAGGCAAGGAUGCCUACUCUUCCCACUUCUGUUAAAUGUAGUAUUGAAAGUCCUUGCCAAAGCAAUUAGGCAAGAGAAAGAAAGAAAAGACAUCCAAAUAGGAAAAGAAGUGAAAUUGUUACUGUUUGAUGGCAACUUUAUUUUAUAUAUAUAUAUAUUUGAGAUGGAGUCUUGCUCUGUCACCCAGGCUGGAGUGCAGUGGUGCGAUCUCAGCUCACUACAACCUCCACCUACUAGGUUCAAGCGAUUCUCCUGCCUCAGCCUCCUGAGCAGCUGGGACUACAGGCAUAAGCCACCAUGCCCAGCUAAUUUUUGUAUUUUUAGUAGAGACAGGGUUUCACCAUAUUGGCCAGGCUGGUCUUGAACUCCUGAUCUGGUGAUCCACCUGCCUCGGCCUCCCAAAGUGCUGGGAUUAUAGGCGUGAGUCACUGCACCUGGCCAGCAAACUUAUCUUAUCUGUGGAAAACCCUACAGACUCCACCAAAAAAACUGUUAGGACUGAUAAUGAAUACAGUAAAGUUCCAGGACACAAAAUCAACACACAAAAAUUAGUAGCAUUUUUAUACACUAACAAUACACUAUCUGAAAAAAGAAAUCAAGAGAAUAAUCUCAUUUACAAUAGCUACAAAAAAAUAAGAUACUAAGGAAUAAUUUUUAUCACAGAGGUGAAAAACCUGUACACAGAAAACUAUAAAACAUCAAUGAAAUCAAUUCAAGAAGACAAAGAUAUUCCAGGUUCAUGGAUUGGAAGAAUUAAUAUUGUUAAAAUGUCCAUACUACCCAAAUAAAUCUACAUGUUUAAUGUAAUCCCUUUCAAAAGCCCAACAUCAUUUUAUUUAUGGAAAGAGAAAAAAAUCCUAAAAUUCAUAUAGAACCAUAAAAACCCACGAAUAGCCAAGGCAAUCAUGAGCAAAAAGGACAAAGCUGGAGAUACCACACUACCUGAUUUUAAACUGUACUACAAAGCUAUAGUAAUUUUUAAAUAGCUUGGCGUUGGCAAAAACAAAACAACAGGACACAAAUACCAGUGGAACAGAAUAAAGAGCCCAGAAAUGAACCCAACUAAUUUUCAGCAAAGAUGCCAAGAAGACAAGGACAGCCUCUUCAAUAAAUGGUGUUGGGAAGUCUGAAUUUUCACAUGUCAAAGAAUGAAGCUAGAACCUUAUCUCACACCAUAUAAAAAAUCAACUCAAAAUGGAUUAAAGAGCUAAAUAUAAGACCAGAAACUCUAAAACUACUAGAAGAAAACAUAGGGGAAAGACUACACAACAUUAGUCUGGGUAGUGACUUUUUGGAUUUGGCCCCAAAGUGCAGGUACCAGAAGCAAAUAUAGAUAAAUUGGAUUACAUCAAACUGAAGAGCUUCUGCAUAGCAAAAGAAACAACAGGGUGCAAAGACAACCUAUGGAUUGGGAGAAAAUAUUUACAAUUCAUACAUCUGAUGGGUUAAUAUCCAACAUAUAUAAAUAACUCAAAAAAUUCAACAGCAAGAAAACAUUAAAAAAUAUAUGGGUAAGAGACUGGGCAUGGUGGCUCAUACCUGUAAUGCUAACACUUUGGGAUGCUGAGGCAAGAGGAUUGCUUGAGGCCAGGAGUUUGAGUCCAGCUUAAGCAACAUAGUGAAACCUCAUCCCAACAGCAAAAAGCCAGGUGUGGUGGUGUGUGCCUGUAGUCCCAGCCACUUCGGAGGCUAAGACGAGAGGAUUAGUUGAGCCCAGAAGUUCGAGUUUUCAGUAAGCUAUGAUCACGCCAUUGAAUUACAGUCUGGGCAACGGAAUGAGACUCUGUCUCUUAAAAGCAAAAAAAAAAAAAAAAAAAAAAGUAAGAUUUAAAGACAAGGGGAAAAGGAAAAAAUGUGAGAAGGGAACUGAAUAUACAUUUCCACUGAAGUUUUUGAAGCCAUGAAUGUAUUUUUGCACAAACGCUUUUAUCAUAUGCAAUCGUUUUUUGUAAAUGAUUUUUUGUAAAGCCAGCAGAUAUAGGUUAGAGUGAUUUUUCACCUGAGUAUAUGACAGAAAAAUGUUUGAAUCAUUAUUAGUUGCCUGUACUGGCAGUAUGAAUCUGGAAGAAAGUGGUUGAAUAGAGAAUAGUAAGAGCAAGGCCAUUUAGUCUGUACAUUCACAUAGGGCUUGGUCAUUUGCAACAAUAAAUUUGUUCAUUGGCAGGAUUUCCCACCAAGUUAGUAUAGAUUGUAUGCUAUUUGAUAAAAGAUAACAAUAAUAAAGUUAAUUUUUUUUUUCUCUUCAGCAUUUGCUUUAAGAGAAAAAUCCUGAAGCUUGUAGGGAUUUCUGAUGCCAGGAAACCAUGAAACGUGAGAGUAUAUUUAGCAAUCAGGGUGACUUAACUCAUGGUAAUUGGCACAUGUAUAGUUAUAAUUUGCAUUCUAGUUAUUUAAACUAAGAUAUUCUUGAUCAGGCUGAACAUACUGUGAGUAGAAGAUUGCUUUCCCUAAUAAAUAAGAUAGAGUCUUUGGAGGAUGGCCUUGGUAAAUUGGUAAGUCAGCUUCCUCUGGAUUUUGGUGAUUUCUCCAGUUCUUCCAUAAUUCCUCAGGGCUCUGACAAUUUUCUGAGUAAGCCAUGGGGUUCCGGCUGACUUUUCUUUUUCCCUAAAGAUUUUCCCUAAAGUUUUUCUUUAUUUUUCAAUACAAACAGAAAGAUAUCUUUGGUUUUAUCUACUCCUGGAUACAAGACGCCAUCUUAGCAUUAUGUGGGGAUUCGUGAAGGUAUUAAAACGGUCAGAGCUUCUUCCUGCUAUGAUGGUUCUCCAGGUAUACACAGGUUCCUCUGUGGGCAACACUUCUUAGCAGAUGGAAUUUCCUGUGACAUGAGGACAGUGGCUGACGAAAGCCAGGUAAUUUUUGUCGUCUGGGGAGGAGUGAAGAUCAGUUGAAUGUUACCUCAGUACCUCAAAAGCGCCUUCAAAUGCUUCAGCCAGCUUGUCUUGUUCAACACAAGUCAUGCUUCAUUGAAUGGAUGAUUCUACCCAUCCGUGUCCAGUGUAGCAUCCGCUGUACAAUGUGGAUAUAACCUUCCCUGUCCUCUGAAACGCACAUCAGCACCACCCUGCUGUGAGGUAUUUUAAAGAUGAGAUUGGCAUUUAAAUCAGUAGACUCUGAGUACAGCUGACGACCCUCUGUGAUGUGGGUGGGCCUCAUCCAAUUAAUGGAAGGCCCUGAGAGAAAUAGACUGAGAUCCCCAAGUAAGGGGGAAUCCGGCUUCCAGACUCUGUAGAUUGGAGCUGCCAUGUCAACUCUUCUCCGGGUUCCCAGCAGAAUUUGGACUUUCCAGCCCCCACAAUUGCAUGAAACAAUUCUUUAAAAUAAAUAUUUCUCUCUUGUUCUGUUUCUCUAGAGAACUUUGAUACAGAGGGUAAAUCUUCCUGUUCUCAGAUUUUGCAAUGGAUUUGACAUCAAAAGCACCACCACAAAAAGAUAAAAAGAGAAACUGGACUUCAUCAAAAUUAAAAAUUGCGAUGCAUCAGAGGACAUUAUAAAGAAAAUGAAAAGACAAGCUAAAGAAUAUUUGCAGAUCAUAUAUCUGAUGAAGAUUUAAUGUCCAGAACAUAUAAAGAACCCUUACAACUCAACAACAAAUCGACAAACAACCCAAUUUAAAAAUGAGGAAAGACUUGAAUAGACAUUUCUUCCAAGAAGAUAUACACAUGGCCAACAGGCACAUGAAAAGAUGCUCCACAUGGUUGGUUACUAAGGAAAUGCAAAUCAAAACCAUGAUGAGAUGCCGCUUCACACCCACCAGGAUGGCUGUAAUCAAAAAAAUGGAAAAGAAUACGUGGGGAGAGCGUGGAGAAGUCAGAACCCUUGGAUUGCUGGCAGGAGUGUAAAAUGCCACAGCUGCUACGGAAAACAGUUGGUGGUUCCUUAAAAAGUUAAACAUAGAAUUAUAUGAUCCAUAUGGUCAUACCACAUACUCUUCUAGGCAUAUAUCCAAGAGAAAUGAAAACAUAUGUCCGUGAACAAACUUCUACAUGAAUGUUUAUGGCAGCAUUAUUCAUAAUAGCCCAAAGGCAGAAACAAUCCAAACGUCCACCUGUGGGUGAAUGAAGAAAUGUAUGCGCGGGAACAUUCGCCACGUGCCACAGCAUGGUGAGCCUUGAAAACGUGGUGCAAAGUGAAAACCGGUCACAAGGGUCACAUAUUAUGUGAUUCCAUUUAUAUGAAACACCCAGAAUAGGCCAAUUCAUAGAGACAGAAAGCAGAUGAGGGAUUGCCAGUGGCUGAGGUGAGGAAGUCAGUGGUGAUUAUUAAAAGGGUGUUUUCUGGGGUGAUAAAAACCUUUUGAAACUAGAGAGGUGAUGGGUGCACAGCACCGUGAAUGCAGAAAAUGCCUCAGAAUCAUACCCUUUAAAACAGUUGUUUGUUAUAUGAAUUUAUUUGAAAAAAGAAAAGGGAAGACUGGCCACCCCCACUUCCAGCAGGGCCCAGCUUUCUCCACUGUGCGGGGCGUCCUCUCUCCUGUUCACCUUAGCUGGACCUGGGCCAAGCCCCUCACAGUGCCCCCACACCCCUGGCCACACCGAGACCCCAGGAUCCAGCCUGCCAGGCUCACCGGUGGGUGCUGCUUACCCCUGCUCAUGGCAGCAUGGACGCGGACCUGGGUGGCCUGUCGGGCUACAGCCAUGGACAGCGACUGCAUCGGACCCACCGUUUCCGGCAAUAGCUCGUUCCCAGGCCUCAUUCUGAGCCGCUUCAGCCGGAUUCCUGCAAGUGCCAGGCCAGGUGCAGAGACAGAUGCUGAGUCUCUGGCAGCCGCCCGGGGGCCGCUCCCCACCUCUCCCCACCUCUGGCCCCCACACCCCGUUACUUCAGCACCUGGGCUUGAUCUCCUGUCCCACGGGCCUUCUCUCUGUCGUUCGGGCACCUGCAGAGCUGCUGAGCAGCAGGGCUUAGCCACUGUGGAGUGCACGGCCCUGCGUCCAGCAUGCGAAAGCUAACACACGGCUGGAUGUGGGGAUACAGCCCAGGGGGUCUUGGGUCCCCGUAGGCUCCCAGGAGGAAGUGGCGCAGCAGCCUUGGGGUCUGAGCCUCCUGAUGAACGAGUUCUUUUCUGAGGUCCUGGGCCAGCAGCUCUCAUGGGUGGGCCUUGUCCCCCUACUCCUGCUGACUGCCCUGGGGGGCAGCAGGGUCCUCCCUCGGCCACGCUGCUGCCCGGCACAGGCAGGAGCGAGGUUUCCAGAGGGGCAGACGUUGGGUACACAGGUCAUUGCGGGGCUGAGUCCUAUGCUCAGCAGGGGAGGGAGCUCUACUGUGGUUGUGGAUGGCUUCCCUGAGGCUUGGCCGCUGGAGUCAGGGCUGCCCCCUUCCCUGCUCUGUUUCACUCUGCCUUUGUCCUGAGACUGCCUGAUUCACCCAUAAAGUUAAGGCUCUAUUUGGGUAAUUGUCCCCUGAAUACUGUUCGUUUAAUCAGGACAGGCAGCUCAUGUAAGAGCCACAAAGGAGACCAAGCAGAAUGGAAGGCUGGUUGUGCUGUUCCCUCACCCACAGGUGGUCAGGACACAGCCCCCUGCCCAGCUGAGCUGGCCACUCCACAGGAGCCCCGGAGGCAGCACUGCACAUACUUUUCCUGUGACUUUCAAGUCUUUCUUUUUGCACAUGAAACCCAAUGAUUUUUAGGGAAAAACAUUCCCUUUGUUCAAUUCUGUUUAUCAGCCUUUCUCACUGAGCUGGGUGUGUUAGACAAGGAGACUGUGCCUGUGCUGCCAGGGACUCGGUGUUGGCUGGACCUAACCCUGGUGUCACGUCUGCUGAAAGAGACAGGCCGGUGGUGCUCCAUUUACACAGACAGGCCCACAUGGCCCUUGUCUGUGCUCUGAUGAGGAAGAAUAUGAUGAGGGACAGGGGACGAAUUCGUGGGUGGAUGCUCCCCAGGCACCUGAGACAUGGUCUGGUCCCAAGAGACCCAGGAGGAGGCACCCGGAGAAGGUCCUCUGGGAUGGGUGCCCUCAAGGAGAGACGGGCUGAGACAUGGAUGAUCAAGGCACACUCGGAGCUGGGCAGGGCUGGACGGUGCAUGGAGAGGAGUGGGUGCCGCCGGAGGUGGCAUCUGGGAAGCUUGUCCUUCAGCAGGCUUUGAGCCGGACUCUGGGGGAGGGACAGUGAGGAAAGCCGGCCUCAGCCACAUGGGGCCCCAGUCCUGGGGAGGGGAGCUUCUCGGGGCAUGGUGGGCACCACAAGGGAGGUGGGUCCUGUGUGGGGGAUGAGGGGAGGCUGCUUUUGUCUCGUGGCGUGGUGGAGCAUUGGCCAGGCUGCAGGAAGGGAACCCGUGCGGGCCUCAGCUCGCACCUCCAGCUGGUUUUGCUUUUGGAGAAGAUGGUUCCAGGUCCAGUUCUCAUAAGUCUCUGCAGAUAAAUUUAACCACAAAUCCAGUUUUUAUUACUUGCAAGAAGGUAGAUUUUGGUAACAAACCUUGAGGCUAAUUUAUCUGAUUGCAGCACUGAUGUGUGCAGAUACACUUUUCUGAUUACUUUGUGACCCCUCCAAUGAACACAAGCUAAUCAACUGCAAAAGAGGAUGAAGUCUGGGUAAUAAUUCUCACUGCUUUUUUCUAAACUUAUUUACGAUGCAAUCACACAAGGCAAAGCAUGAGGCGGCGGCCGUGCUGGGACAGUGGCGCUGCGGAGUCCCAGCGGCCGUGGUUUUCGCAGGUGGUUAAGUUGGGCCGUCCGCGGCACCCAGGGGGCCACAGGGCCUGACAUCCUGGCUUUUGUGUCUC